GCUACGGCCAAAAGAGAAGCAAAUAUGGCGCAAACCUACAUUAAACAGGUGAUGGAAUCCAUGGGGUGGACUGACGGGAAUAUGGUACCCGUAGCCAACGAGGAAAACCGGGGUCUAUUGAAUGCUAUCAACGAACUCCUUAAGGACAAGGCUGAGAAAGCUGCUGCACUUGAAAUCGUCCAAUCGAGAGUUGGCAAUUUAGCAGCUCAUUUCAGCAAUGCUGAGAGCAAUAUCGGUCAAAAUGUGAAAUUAGUGAACGCGCACCGGUCGCAACUCACAACGGAGUCUCAUCUCUCAAAGCUGGCGGAGUACGAUGAUAACAAAUACGUGAGUUUGUUGAUGGACUUGGAAAAGGAGCACGAAGAGAUCAAACAGUACGAGAGCACUACCGCAUCUCAUAUCAAACGGAUUCGCAAAAAUAUCGAGAAACUCUCUGAGAAACUCGACUGGGCUAGGCAAACUCAAGCCGAAUGGCAACAGGCCAUGACCAAAGGAGAUGAAGCCAAUAAACUCAUUGAACGUUAUUGCAAGGAAGAUGAAAGCAACGCUAAAAAGCUGGAAAACAAACGUCGGCUCAUCCAGGAUAAUGUCAAUAAACAGAAGAAGACCCUGAUUGAUUUAUAUGAAGAGCAGAAAUCAGUGGAACAAGUCCUGCAACGUACGGCGCAGCUGUAUCGUCAAGCGCACAUGGAACGGCGUCAACUGAUUCAAACCUGGAAGGACGCUGUGCAACAGAUGUCUCAGCGUGAAAGUGAUAUAGAACAAUGCGAAAAAGACUUGGAGGAAGCGAAAGCUUACUCAAAGGAAAAGCAGGCGGAACUGAAAGAACAGGAGCAUUUUUUGAAUCAGCAAGUCGCUGAUAACAAAGAGGUCGAAAAAGCAAUUGACGAAUUGAACGACGAAAUUUCCGAUGCCAAAAACCGUCUAGCCGAUGCUGUCGAUCUAAAUACUUUAAAGGCGAAUGAAGUGCAAAUUAUUCAGAAGGAGCUCAGCGCUAUGAUGCAAAAGUUGCAGCAACAACGGCGCCAGAAUAAUAAAACGGUCACCGACAAGAUGCGUAUAGACCAAACUAUGAAGGAAGUUGAAAAGCAAAUCGAUGAACUGGGACAGCGUUACAAGAAGUUCCAAAACGAGACCACUAGCUCCUCGGAACGCUUAGCACAACUGGACGAACUGCUGGAGGCGGAGGAGAAGAUUAAAUACCACUUAAGUCAGGAGACGGUUCGGCUCAACAACGUCUUCUAUAGAUCCCAGCAACAACUUGCAAACUUGAGGAGUGAAGAAAAGAUCCUUAAUAUUCAAAACCGUGGAGCUGAGGCAUCCUUGGUAAAUACGCGGAAAUCAUUAAAGGACGAUGAAAAGGAGUUAUCCCGGAAAAUUGAACAUUCAUACAAUAUGGGAUUUAAAGUGCAGCAACUGGAAAUGAAAAUCAGUAAGUUGAUGGGUGUGCAAAAGGACAUUGAUCCAGAGAAGGAGGCUCGUAUCACUGCGCUGGAGAAACAUAAUGAUCGUGCCACCCAACAGCUGGAUUUGCUACAGCUUCAAGUGAAACAAGUAGAAGAUGACAUGAGAAACCUGACUAGCAACUACAAUCAUGACAUGCAUGAAAUGGAAAGGAUGGCUUUCAUGAUCAAGGAAAAAGAGACGUUCUAUGAAGGGGGCAACAAGAAACUUAGAGAUCUUACUGCUUCAAAUCAAGAGAGGCUUGUCGAGCAUAGUGUCCUUAAAAUGCGUGUCAAUCAAAUGGAAAAUCAAAUUGCAAAGCAUAACAACAAACUCUUCAAUAUUGAGAAACACCGCAUGGAACUCGAGAAAACGGUAAAUGAACGCGUAAUCGACUUGAAGAGCCAGUUAAACUUGCUGAACAUGAAACGGAAACACCUAAUUGAGGAGCGAACCACUCUUAAAGCAGACAUAGUCGAACGUCGUACCAGAAUUGAAGCAAUGAAGACUCGUUACAAUCUAGCUAUAGAUCUGCUUGGGAAAAAUGAUGAUGGAAGCACAGUGACGGUUACCCAGCUUCGUAUCGAGACAGCUCAGGAGAAACAACUCCUACUACAAGAGGGCAACGAAUUGAACGAGAAAGUGAUAAAAGCCGAGAAGGACAUAAAGGCAAUGGAGAACACACUUUGUCUUAUCAACUAUUCGAACGAUGCCUACAGGAAGAGUUUCGGACAAGCGGAUGAGGACAACCCACAGUUGAUUGAGCUAAAUGAGCUGAAGAAAACUUAUUGCGAGAUGCUCAGCAAGUUAAGAUGCAUGCACAAUGAAAUCAGCUCGAAGGAAGCUGAACUGGAAAACGCUUGUCAAAAACGAGAGAACGCUGAAAGGGAGUUGGAUGAAUUGAAUCGUAACAGAAUGGAUAAUAAUGAUAUUCUCAUCAAAAUACACAAAGAACUCACCGAUCAAAAACAAAAAAUCCAACGCGCCGAAAGAGAAUUGAAAGCUGCUCAUAAGGUCGCUCGUCAAAGAUGUUGUGAAGGUGACAACUUCGUCCAAUUCGAACGUGAAUUAGACCUACGUGAACUAGAAGAAAAGAAUACAACUGGCCUCCAACUUCUAGCUGAUCUCGUAGAAAUGAGCCCAGAUUUAGCACCGGUCGUUUCCACAUUGCUAUACGAGAAGGGCAUGAAAAUCCCCCAAGUGAAACGGGUGAAACAUAUGUCUUCAUAUCAGAGCGACUACUCGGAAAGGACUAUUCGCUCCGUUAGCCAAGCUAGCUUGGAAAUCUUCAGUGCUUCAUCGAGAGCUUCAGUUUCAACGAUUUCGACUUCCUCCAAAAGUGUAUUGAGAAGAUGUGCUAUCGGCUCCGCCCAACCCAGUGUUGUGUCAUUAGAAUUUCCUGUGUUCUCAGGCAAGCUGUGUUCAGAAAAAUCUGCUGGUUCAACGAAGAAAUACCUUUAGAUUGAUCAUUUCCAGGACUCUU